AUGUUGAAAAGACGGUCCACAGUUGUUAUCAGCGAGCCCAGCAGUAGGUUUUGCUGCUGAGUUUUAAACUUUUUAAUCAUAAAUGUUCAGCAAGCAAAAAAGUGAAGUUGGAUAACAAGAAAGCUUUGACUGAGACCCAAUAUCUUCGAGAAAAGGUAAAGCGACUGGAGUUACAGCUACGGCAGAAGGAUGUUUAUCUCGAAAACCAAGCGAAAUUAAAAGUAUCAGCAAUUCAAUAUAAAGCUCGGAGAGACCGAGAGAUUGAGGUAAGCGAGUAUUAUUGGAUUUACGAAGUUUAGGCUCUAAAAAAAGAGAAAGAAAGAUGGAAGGUGGCAACGGAUUAUCGUAAAGAUGUUCAACAGUAUAACAGAACCCUCGAUCCUUGCCGGAGUGUUUGUGGAUGGUCAAUUCCAUCUCUUGAUGUGCUCAAGAAGAAGAUGAAAGAGGCAAAACAGUUCUGCAAAGAAUCUCCUGAAUGGGAUUUCAAUAUUCUUCCAAAUGCUCCGGCGAGUCGUUCUGAAAUCUAUGUCCCUAAACUUUUGCCGGGAGAUCAUGAAGGUCGGUUGUUCCAUUGGGGGAUGAAGGAUGUGUUUGCCAUAAAUAUCUAUGGAAAAAAGACCCAAGACACCGUAUAUCGAUGUACUCCGUUGCCCAAACGAUACUUGAGACUUCGUCCAAGGAUGGUGACUUACGGACAUUAUUCGAUGAAUGAGAACGACGCCUUAUCCAUGAGAAUACCGAGGAGGAGACGAAAUUGGUUCAGUCGAGCUUAUCUUGCCUGA